AUGGACUCGGUGGACUCAUCUACAACUGUAACACUCGUUCCAGCAGCAAAGCCUUAUCAAGAAAAUUCGAAAGGUACAGCGUCUACAGCGACGACUGCAAGGGUUGACCGCAGUGCACGAAUGUCCUUACAGGAACGGCAAGUGCCUUUACAUGACGACUUAAGUCAGGAUCGCUCUGACCAGCAUCAACGACCAACAUCAAAGAAUGGCCGACGUCUCGACGAACCUGUUGAAUCCCGUCGUGUGGCAGAUGUCAAAACUGAGCAAACUACUGGUAGCCGGAGUUCAGAUGAGCGCAACCGUUCUCGACCAAGUCCUACGCCGGUAGUCUCGGACAUUUCGAUGGACAUGGGGCCAUCAAGGAGUAGUACCAGGGAUAGUCUCGAUGAGCAUUCAAUACUUCGGCGUGUUAUGAGUCUGGAAGAUCAAGUAUCCGCUUUGGCAGAGGAGAACGAAAACCUUACCCGAAUAAAUGAUGAGCUGAGCAAGUUACUCGUGGAAAUGGCAGACAGAUUUUCGAAAGAUGUUAAUUCAUUAAAAUCCGAGCUGGAGUCAGUAAAAGCUGCACAACGUCCUGAUCCUUGCAAUCUUCGAGUUGCACGCGAAUUAGACAAAGGUUGUUUUGAAAUCGUCUGGGAUUUGCCAAUGGUUAAAUGUAAGUUAUUGUUGGCCUUUUUUGUUAACUAUGUUGCUUAUUAA